CAUGUCUCCACGCAUGCGUGUUUCAAACAGAAGGAAAACAUGAAGCGAGGAAGUUUACAAAUUGUGGCAAAUUUUACCUCACAUUGGCUUCAAAUUGUCCCCAAAACGCUAUGAAUGGCUAGUACUGAUAUAACCUGGUCCUCUUCUUUGUAUUCUGUGAACUGAUAUGAGCUCGAACUUGCGAAAUUUGGGAGAAAUUCGGUAAUUCUACAGCGUGUGUACACAUCUGAUUCACUCCCUGUGGUAAACGGAUGCAACAAGGUUCAAGGAGGGACCCUGGAAAUAUACAUUCUCCAUACAUUCUUAUGAAAAUCCAGGUUGGAUCGCAACCUAAAAGAUAGAUAACAUACCAAGCUACUAAAAUACGCCACGAUGAGUGUUCAUUCAUCAGAACCGGAUGAUGAGUACGACAAGGCAAAAGCUGCCACUGUGGCAAGAUAUGAUAGGGGUUAUGAUGAUGGAGCAGAAGUUGAUGAUUGGGAGGAUGCAAACUUCUUUCUGUACAAAGUAACUGACAGAUAUGGCUUUCUGCAUAAAAAUCCACUUCCAGAGGGCCAUGAUGAAAAGCUUAUUGCCCUUGAGAGGUCUAGGAUAUCUAAAUGGUUGAAAAUGAUCAAGAACUGGGAUAAGUACGUUCGCAGUGAAAAGCUGAGAAAGCGAGUUUAUAAAGGGAUCCCUAACUCAAUGAGAGGAGAAAUCUGGAAAAAACUCCUUGGUGUGGAUAAGAUUCCUAAUAGAACAACAACUUAUGAGACAAUGAAGAGGAUAGCUCGUCUUCAGUCUCCUGACCUACGACAGAUUGAUCUUGAUGUAAACCGGACAUACCGUGACCAUAUCAUGUUUAGGGAAAGAUAUGGAAUAAAGCAGCAAGCUCUGUUUCAUGUUUUAGCUGCAUAUUCAAUGUACAAUGUUGAGGUUGGUUAUUGUCAAGGCAUGAGUGGUAUUGCCGCUUUGUUAUUGAUGUAUCUCAAUGAAGAAGAUGCCUUCUGGGCACUAUCUGUAUUGUUGACGGACAGGAAGCAUGGAAUGCAUGGUUUCUUCAUUCCUGGAUUUCCCAAACUGUUGCGGUUUCAGGAGCACCAUGAUAAGAUAUUAAAGAAACUCUUAUCCAAACUUUUCAAGCAUUUGGAGCGGGAAGGAUGCCAUACUAGUCUGUACACCUUGAAGUGGUUCAUGCAGUGCUUCUUAGACCGACUGCCAUUUUCUCUCACCCUUCGCAUGUAUGAUAUCUUUCUCCUGGAAGGCGACCGAUUGCUGACCGCCAUGGCCUACAACAUUAUCAAGAUGCAUAAAAAAAUCUUUCUGAAGAUGAACCUGGAGGAAGUGGUUCAGUUUCUACAGGAGAAUAUGCACGCUUAUCCCUAUGACGAUGACGAGGUUGUCGAACUUCUCCAGUCCUCCAUGUUUGAGCUAAAGCGACUAGGACUCGAUACACCCUCCCCUCCUAAAAAGGAUGAAUUACCCCAGUUACCCCCCGGAGCAGCGCUAAAACGCGGAACCUACCAGACGGCUUCCGCGCGUGCCAGGAAAAACAAAGAGAAAAAUAAGAUUAUAGCGUUACCCGUAGAGCGUCCGCGCUCUCCAGAAUCCCCACGCCGGAUUCCAACACUUAGUGGAUUGCCUACGAGACCGGAUUCGCCGACGUAUAACGUGAGUGAUGUUUUCAUGUCAACCGUCAAUGAGACGCCACAGGCCUCCAUGUCAACUAUUAUUGAUGUAAGGUCAAGUCGUGGACACUCGCAUGGCGCUAACGAGCUCGGCUCUCAGCCAAUCGUGACCCGGAAUUCGUUCAAUCGCAAAGGGAACUACAACGAGCAACAUCGUAGAAGCGACGGUGCUGAUGUUGAUAAUUUUGAAAGUAAGACUUUUUCCUCUCAUAUGAACUACCGCUCAGAGGAUGUGCUCGUUCGAAAAGAGACCGCUGCUCAAAGCUACCAGCAACAGCUGACCCGGAGACAGACGGCAGACGGACCAAUCAACGCGCUUUCCACGUUUCGACCAAUCAACGGCGACAUUGACGUGCUCAACAAUGAAAAAACCAAGCCUGCUGGCUCGCCCGUGUGGAGGACUCGGCUCGAGGGGGAAUCCGCAUAUCAGGACAAACAACAGAACAAUCGCCGAAGCAGAGCUGAGAGCCAAAGCAGCAUUGCAAGUGUCACCAGCCAAAUGAGUCAAAUGAGUUUACAAAGCGUACACUGGGAGGCGUCUAAAGUUAGUUUGUACGAGAUAACAGAGGUAUGACGACCGUUCCGUCCGACAUGUGGAGGGUUUUGUACCUGACAAAGGGUACACUGGUAGGCGUCCAAAAUUAUUUUGUACGGUAAAGCAAAGGUGCGACGACCAUUGCGUCCGACAUACAGAGGGUCUUGGACCUUAUAAAGCGUACAUUGGGAGGCGUCCAAAAUUAAUUUGUACGAGAUAGUAGGGUUGCGACAUCCAUUGCGUCCAACAUACGGAGGGUCUUGGACCUUAUUAAACCGUACACUGGGAGGCGUCUGAAGUUGUUUGCUCAAGAUAACAGAGGUAUGACGACCACUGCGUCCAGCAAAUGGAGGGUUUGGACCUUAUAAACCGUAAGUUGGAAGGCGUCCAAAAAUUUUGUACGAGAUAACAGAGGUAUGACGACCAUUGCGUCCAAUAUAUGGAGGGUUUGGUCGUUAAAAACGUACACUGGAAGGCGUCCAAAAUUAGUUUGUACGAGAUAGCAGAGGUGCGACCACCAUUACGUCCAACAUACGGAGGGUGUUGGAUCUUAUUAAACGUACACUGGGGAGUGUUCGUAGGAGAUAACAAAGGUACCGAAUAAAGUUUAGGGAGCGUCAAUUUGGGACCUUACAUAUGCAGCUUGUACAAGAUAGCAGAUAUAUGAUAAACCAAGUGAUUAACUUAUCGAGGUUUCGUGAACUUAAAUAGCAUCUCCAAAGGAGCGUCCAAAGUCAGUUUGAAUGAGAUAAUAGAGUUAGGUCACCAAAGUAGCCGACAUAGUAAAAUGAGAGGCAUAUAAAGUUUGUCCAGGUAUUCAACAAGAACCACCACCCUAAAUUAUAUCUCGUCGAUGUAGUGUUAAUAAUGUUGUUCAGGCCACCACAAUUAACGUCAUUACUGUUUUAGAUGACGUCGUUGCUGCAAACAUUACGCUUUUAUUGAAAAAAUGGAAGCGUAUACGUUACGUGUUUCAUGGACACUUAUAACCUCAUCGAAUAUUCCAUCAAUCUGGAUGUUGGCAUGGAGACUAUAUAUGUGAUGUCAUUCGAUAUUGCGAAUAUAUCAUAAGUUAUUAUGAGCGUUUUCCUUAUGUUUCACGGUUAUUGAAACACUGGUCGUUUCGGUUUUGGCGUCAUAAGAUGGGACGUUAUUAGUAGAUGUUUUCUAGAAAUGUUUCCUAGAACAUGCUUCCAAGAACAUGUUUUCUUUCAAUUUUUUAUUCAGGAAAUUCAAAAUAGAUUUGCAGCUGACGGCGCGGUCUUAUUUUCCUAUCCAGGCUUUGCUUCCUGACAAAAAAACAACUCUGGAUCCGAUGUGUCUGCUGUUUUUGUUUAAUUUGAAUGUUUUAAGAUAUUUUUAUUUUGUAAUUGCUUAUACUUAUUUACGGUAAUAAGACUCACAAAUCGCGGAAAUAGUUUUUAAAGCAUUGUGGUUAUCAUCAUCGGCAAAAACAUAGCGCUGUCGUUUUUACUGCUAGAAGGAAUCCAGAAAUUGUAGAGAGUUUAUCAAAUGUAUUUUAAAAUAAAAUAAUUAUCACAGCUCA